AUGAGGAAAUUGAGCCCAGUUGAUGGAGGUCCACGACGAAAGAGCCCGAGGAAGCGUAAAGAACCUGAAACUGCAGCAAAGACCCAAGGGCCAAAAAGGACAAAGGAUAUAGUUCCAGUACCGCAAGAGCAGUCCCUAAAAGCUAUACAUCCUGAGGCUCCAACAAGCAACAACGAUUCCAUUUUUAGCAAAGAUGAAGCUGCUCCUCCUGAGGGUCCUGCUAAACUGGAAGAAGAUGACAAUGCAACCAAGAAAUUCAUCACUAGAAUGUCACCCAGCACGUUGCUUAGUUGGACAUCAAGACCGUGCCGUCCCAACUUUUUAUCCUCCUGGUCGACCACUUUGGGACCUGCUCAAGAAUCAACAUUCCCGAAUGGAGAGCAUUUCAAGAUUGAGGAAGAGGACGUGCUUGCUGUCCUUGAUUUGCCCCGCGGAAAGAAAGAAGUUGAGCUCUUCAAUAAAUCUGAGUGGCUGGAAGAGGAACAUGCUCCCUUUGUGGAACUGUGGAAGCGUAGGUUUGAUCCCAAGAAAGGGAAAACGCAAUACCCUAGGAAGUCUUGCCCGUUUCUUGUCCUCAAGUCACUCAAGGAUGUCAACCAGAUCAAAGAGUACAACUGGUGUGCAUUCACCAUCAAGGCACUCAUUGAGGAAGUCGAGGAUUGGAAAAAGCAAAGCAACUUCUCUGGACCACUGCUGUUCUUUCUGCUGAUGUCACCUUACACGAAGCACUUCAAUAUGAUGGCCAAAUUAUCAAGGAGUUAUGCCGAAAUUCGGGAUAUAGAGAAAGAGCUGGGAAUUAAUCCAGGACCUGUGUUGAAGAAACUUCUCGAGAAGUUUACUAGCAUGCUAAACACACGAACGACAGUAUCGAAUGAAGCAACGGUGGAUGAUGAAGAUGUCUAUGAAAACAAAGAGUUUCAGGAGGCCUUUGAACUCUGCAUGCAAGCUAUAAAUUGUGGAAAGGAAGACCAUAUACCAAAUGAGAAGGCAGAGGUUGUUGGUCCUCCACGUCACAGACUCAGAAAAGAAACUAAAGCUGAUCCUGCCACAGUGUCAGAGAAGGAAGACCAAAUGGUAUAUAGGGAAAACCAGUGCCCAAGGACCAAAGACCAGAUAGCAAAUGAGAAGGUGGAGGUUGUUGUUCCUCCACGUCAAAAGAAGAAACGCAAGAGUAAAAGGAAACAACAGAAGUCUUCUCAGACAUCAUUUGACCUUUGUAUAACUUCGCAAGAUAGCAACAUAAGUGGAACAGAAAAAGCUGAUGAAGUCAUUUUCGAAGUACUCAGUUCAGUAACGGAAAUGAAUCUUGAUGAAACACCUAAUGUUUCGAGCUUGGAUAUGAUUGCAGACGUCAUCAUUGAAAAAUUAAAAGUGGAAGAAACGUCGGUCACUGUGCCGAUAAACAUAGUAUUUCCUUCACGCAAUGUCUCCCAGAAAUUGAAUUUCCCAGAUACACCAGAUAUCAAACGAGACGAGGGAAUCACAGAUGAUUUGGAACUCAACAUACAAGUUGUGACAUGGACACCGGAGAAAGCGGCUGAAUCAGUCAGCAGAAUUAUUCAUCAUGCACGCAAAUGUGUACGGAGAAAUAAAAUGAGAGACGUUAAAGAAGUGCCACCGUGUUUUGGAUCGCCGUUUUGGCUUCAGAUGAAAAAAAGAAGAACGGUGAUGAAACUGACAAAGCUAGAGCAACUUAUACUGGAUUUUGUAUUGCUAGCUGGCAGAAAGGAAGAAGAAUCACGGAAAACCAUGGAACUCUUUAGGUACGGCACCAUAGUUAAUUUAACAGGCAAGCAUUUUGGAGAAUUAGGCCUGGACUUCGGAUUUGAGUCAUAUCUAAAACGCAUCAAAGCAAAUGAUCCAGGUCUGAGGGGGUUGCAAGCAUUCACCCCAGCUCUCACCUGGCAAAAUACAGAAAACCAUAAAGACUGUGAUGUCUAUGCAAUGCACCACAUGGAGUUCUACAAUGGAGAAGAGGAGGCUUUUACUGCACCGAUAGCAGGAAAGGACUCUUCAUACAUCAGCAAUUUCAGGACCAAGUAUCUUGCAAGGAUACUACUUAGUCCAGAAACUGAGAUGCUUUUGGAAGUUGUAACCGCUUCAGAGUAA